UGUAUGCUUUUGAAAAAUGAAAAAAUUGCAAUUGACAUUUUUUCGAUAAAAUAAUGAAUAGAUUACCUGAGUGAUUCAAUUGGGCGAGUCAUUAUUAUCAUCAUAAAAGUGACAUAUACAACGGUACCAGUGGUAAAACAAGAAAAUAAAUAAGUAUGGAUAACGUUACGUAUGAUAAGAUGGAGAAUAAAACUGCAUCUUUGGCUGCCAAUGCGCUUACAAUGCCAUCUUGGUUGGUGGAGAUGACUGACAAUGUAGAGAAGAUUAAUAUAAGUAACGAUACCAAAUCACUAAAAAUGGAAACAUUUGUUUUAAUCGAUGAUCAGCAUCAUUUCAAAAAUAUCACCAUCAAGAAGGAAGAUGAAGAUACAAACAAUCAACCUAAUAGCUAUCAAUCAAACUUAAGCCAUCUUUAUAUCGAUACUAAUAUUAAAUUACAAACACCCUGCACGAGCAAAUCACUGCCGAAUACACCAAAGAGCGAACAAGUACAAGUUAAACGAAGAACACGCGCUUGUUCUGCCGUUGUGAAUGUAAAGCAUCGUACACAGAAUGAUUUUCAUGGUUUGGACGCAUACUUGGAAAGAAAACAGAUGGAAAAGCAUGGGAUGUAUUUGACAUUUGGAAAUUAUAACGACGAUAAAACUGGUGAUGAGGAUCAAUUUUAUUUUGAACAUCAAAUAUCAAGUGUCCCGAAUCGUGUAGAUACACCAUUACAUUUGUCAGAUGACAAUUAUCUUAACGAUUCCACAUUUAGUACACAGAAUGAAGGAAAUCCGAAAUUAUUAUCUGAUAAAUUAUACAGAAAUUUUAUUAUUCCUGAAUUACCAUCCGGAGACUCGUUGGUCAUUGAUAUUAUUUCUACCUGGGGCGACAAACACUACGUAGGCCUCAAUGGUAUUGAAAUUUUUUCAAAUACCGGAGAACCAGCGAGAAUAAAAGAGAUACGUGCACAUACGACAAGCGUUAAUCAAUCACCGAACAAUGAUCAUAAUCCUUAUACAAUAAAUAAUUUAAUUAAUGGUAUCAAUCGAACAAGAGACGAUGCAAAUUUAUGGCUAACACCUUAUUCAAAUGGUGACCAUCAUUAUGUUUACAUGAUAUUUGAAUUCACGAUUACUAUAGCAAUGAUCAGAAUAUGGAAUUACAAUAAAUCCAGAAUACAUUCCUUUCGAGGAGCCAAAGAUAUUAUUAUUAAAUUGAACGAUAUUAUCAUUUUUUACGGAGAAAUCGCUAAAGCUUCAGGGGAUGAUAUGGGUAGCCUUGAUUCUUUUGGAGAUACUAUAUUAUUUACGACGGACGAAAAUAUUCUGGAAUUGAUAUCAAAACAUGAUAAUACAUUCAUAGAAUUCAAUAAUGGGACAUCAGAUUGUGAAGAGAAAGAAAUAAUUUAUAUAUAUAUAUAAUAUAUUGCUUCGGCGAGACGUAAUAAUAGCGACGAUUCUAUUGAAAAUUCUCCCAACGCGUAUACCAAUAGCAAAAUUCGCAAUACCGCUCUUACCCCUUUAUCUUGCCGAGAGAUUCAAUUAAUUAUCCUUUCUAAUUGGGGUUUACAGCAUUUGGUUGGCCUCACCGGUAUAGAAUUAAUCGGGGAUCAAGGUGUAGCAGUCCCGUUAGUAAGUGCCAAUUUGCAUUGUAACGUGGCUGAUACGCAUUUAAUGAGACUAAUUGACGGGCACAAUGUUACAACCGAAAUGGAUUACAUGUGGCUAGCGGAUUUAAUGUUAAAUAAGAGGAUUACGAUAACCGUUACUUUCGAUAUGGAUGUGUACCUGACAGGAAUUCGAAUUUGGAAUUACAAUGCAUCUUUGGAGUUGUCUUAUUGCGGAGUGAAACAGUUACUAAUCAAAUUAGACGGUAGACAGUUGCAUGACGAGAAUUAUUCUGAUGGCUUCCUAUUGCGACGCGCGCCGGGAUCUUGUCAUUAUGAUUUUGUCCAAGAAAUUAGUUUCCUUAAUCCACCUAAUCGAGAACAAUCUUCGAAUCAAAUCAUCGAUCCAAUUACAAAAUCGCUCGAAGAACUCGAGUCUUUCGAUUCCAACUACGAAGCUCCGUCGAUGCCACGCGGAUUCGUUUAUCAAAUAAUAAUUUUCUCUACAUGGGGAGACUCUUACUACGUAGGCCUCAAUGGAAUACAACUAUAUGAUAAUUAUGGAAAAGAAAUCAAAUUAACUGCAGACAAUGUAGCCGCAUUUCCCGAAAGCGUCAACAUAAUAGAAGGAAUAGACAACGACAUUCGUAUACCAGACAAACUUAUUGAUGGGAUAAAUGAUACUCGAGAUGGACGACAUGCCUGGCUGGCUCCUAUACUUCCUGGGCAAACAAAUCGCGUGUAUUUAAUAUUUUAUCAUCCCAUUAUGGUAUCAAUGAUCAAAAUCUGGAAUUAUGGAAAAACCUCACAAAGGAGAGUUAAAGAAUUUGCGAUAUUAGUAGAUGACUUGCUAGUUUACAAUGGAACAUUGGAUAAACAUAAUGCAUACGGAUUGGUAACGUUUGUAAAGGAAAACAGCAAUGAGAAUCUAGUAAACCGUUCAGAGCAAGAGGGUCGUCUUUUAAACUUACGAAGAAAUACCUCGGGCACUAAUUCGUUGCCGGAUCCAUCCCUUCGCCCGCAUACAUCUUUACAAUUUAAAUAAUCGUAACGCUAUAGAUAUUUAUCAAUACAUAUUAAAAUGUAUUUAUAUUUUUAUACUUACAGAUUACCGAGACAAGACUUUCUUUAUAUUAGUGUUCCGUUUAAGUAAUUAAUGGCAUUAAACACAUACACACACACAGUGUCCCGAAAUUCGAUAUCAUUGCAGCGAAAAAUGACUUCUUUUAUCACUUAUAAUUUUUCACAAAACAAACUUUGUGAAAAAUUAUAAGUGAUAAAAGAAGUCAUUUUUCUCCAUAAAGUAGUUUUUUAAGUAUAAACGUUUAAAGUUUAACUAUAACAGAACAAUGCGCGUGGCAAUAUUUUUGUUUAGUAUCUAAUACCAUAACAUAGGCGCACAUCAUAUGGAUAUGACUUUUUAACCAACGCGUUUAUAAUUAUUAGUUAAACUUAAACGUUUAUUCUAAAACGUUUAUAUUAAAAAUCUACUUUACAAGGGAAAAAAUAGCUUACACUUUUAUCACUUAAUUUUUUACGAAGUUUCAUGCUGCAAUAAUUUAUUACCCUCAAAUUUCGGCUCACCCUGUGUGUAUACAAUACACACAUACACGCACGCGCACAUGCAUACAGGAUGUUGUUCGGUAAAAACCGUAACAUUUACGUAACAUAUUCCUGAGAGCAUUUUGAGACAGAAAAUUCUGAUACCAAAAUGUCGCGGGUAUAAUAAUUUUUAAAUUUAUAUAAGCACUUAAAUUUAACGAAGAAUCAUACCGCCUAAAGUUCGCACGCUUAGGUACGGCUGGAUUUUUCGUUGUAUCACGCGGUAUGAUUUUUAGGCGGUAUGAUUCGAUAACUUUAUUAAAGCCUCGACGUUUUAGUAUUAGAAUUUUCGUCUCAAAAUAAUCUUAGGAAUUUGCCCUUAAGCAUAAUUGCUACGAUCUUUAUCAAACAUCCUGUAUGCAUUAAUGUGUAAUAAUCAUGUAUUGUAUAUUUCAGCAAUAAUGCUGGAUUCACACUGCAUCCGAUUUACGUCGUACGACGCAUCGGAUGCAGUGUGAAUCCAGUAUAUCUAUCCCGUAUGAAUAUUAGAUAUACAAAUUUUUUAAUGAUGUUUAUCUCAAAUCUUGUAAAAAUAACGAAAAUAUAAUGGUGAUAUAAAGAUUAUAUCAUAUAAAGAUUAUAGUCUUUGAUUAAACCGCAAGCAUG